UUGUUUGAAGUGCCAUAAACGCCGCGGUUUCUAGUUUUCCGCGUGUUGAAGUCGUCGAAAUCGCGGUCCUUUCCAUAAGCGACGGCGAGACUGUGCUCGGAGAUCAGGUCAGCUCGGUUUCCUCUCAGCCAUGGAUCACGAAGGCGAUUUCGGAGAUGACAGAAUGGGAAAUGUGCCCCAGGACGUUAAAGGAUUCAACCCAGGACUGAUUGUCUUACUUCUCGUUGGCGGGCUCGUUUUGGCAUUCCUCAUCGGAAAUUACUUCCUCUACAUGUAUGCACAGAAAACCCUCCCUGCAAAGAAAAAGAAGCCAGUCUCCAAGAAGAAGAUGAAGAAGGAAAGACUGAAACAAGGCGUUUCAGCACCAGGAGAAUAGAUAUGCAACAGAAGCCCAGGGAGUAGUCCAUUUUGAUUUUCAGUGGCUGUGUGAAUCUAUCAACUUAUUUUCCCUUUUUUUGAUGAACAAAUACUGCCUUUUUCUUAUCACUUUGGACAGAACUUAGCUUGAGUUGAAGAAAAAUGUGUUUUCUUUGUUUUCCA